GCUCAGCGGCCGCUUGGGCCGGAGCUCCCGGUGCGGUGUUCGCUCGCGAUGCUCCUCCGCUGCCCGCGGGCUGCCCGCCAUGCCGGGGACCCGCGGGCCGCUUUCCUCUCUGCUCCUGGCGCUGCUGUUGCUACUGAGGGGACGGCCGAUGGCGGCUGCCGCCACCCGCCCGCAGCCGGAGCGAGCGGCGCUACCGGGGGGAGCCCCCGCCUCGGCGGCCUCAGGGUCGGUGUUUAUGCUGAAGGUUCAAGUAAAUGACAUCAUCAGUCAUCAGUACCUGGCACAAGCAGCAGUGGAAGUGUUUGUUAACUACACCAAGACAAAUUCUACUCUCACUGGAAACAACGGAGCAGUAUUAAUAAAAGUUCCUUACAAGUUAGGAUUAAGCUUAACUAUCGUAUCAUACAAAGAUGGCUACAUGUUAACACCUUUGCCUUGGAAAACUGGGAGAAUGCCAAUAUACUCGUCUGUGACGCUCUCGUUGUUCCCACAAAGUCAAGCUAAUAUAUGGCUGUUUGAAGAUAGUGUUCUGAUCACUGGAAAAUUGUCUGAUGCCAAAUCUCAACCAAGUGUUCAGUUUCAAAAAUCUUUAAUAAAGCUUCCAACAGAUCACCAUAUUACAAAUGUUACAGCUUAUUUGACAGUGCCAGAGCAAUUCUUGAAAGUGGACAGUUUUCUUUAUACGACUGGAAUUCUUCUAAACAAAUCAGGUUUCAAAAGCAUUGAAUUGACUCCUCUUGCUGCAAUAUGUGCAAACGUUCUCUUGGCUGGGAAAGAACUGAAAGUAAAUGGUCCUAUUCAGAUUACACUUCCUCUUCCUACAAGUACUGUAAAAUCAGGAGAUGCUAUACCUGCAUGGACAUUUGAUAUGAAAACUGGUGCUUGGGUAAGCCGUGGCCUAGGAAUGGUGAAGGAAGCAAACGAUCAAUUAGUAUGGACAUACACUGCUCAACACUUAGGCUACUGGAUUGCAGCUCCACUGCCUGGAACAAGAGAAUCGAUCAUUAGUGCAGUUUCCAAGGACAUAACAGCCUAUCACACAGUGUUCCUUACAGCCAUACUGGGAGGCACUGUUAUCAUUAUAAUUGGAUUUUUUGCUGUUCUUCUUUGUUACUGCAGGGACAAAUGCGGUCAGACACAAAAGAAGGAAAAAAAUACAACAAAGCUGGAUGUCAUAAAAAAAGACCAGACCACAUCAACAACUCACAUAAAUCACAUCAAUGCUGUCAAGGGGUCUUUAAAGUUAGAGGAUAAGUCACAGCUGUAUACGCCGAAGAUGUCUUCAUACAGCCCUCAAAGAAGGAUGUCCACGGACACAGAAGAUGGAAAAUCGCGAGACAAUUUUAAAAUCUACUCGGAAGAUGCUUCUUAUCAGUCAUCCUAUCAGACUGGUCAGUCAAUAAAUUCACCUCAUUCCUUGGAGCCUGGUGCUGGACUCAGACACUUGCAGCCACCAAAACUUACUAACAGUGCUGCUUCCCAGGCUCCUAGGGACAUUCAAGAGCAAAACAGGUAUCUUACACUGCAAGAGGAAAUAUAUGGGCUUUCCCAUAUCCCAGAACAUCUAAUGCAUAUUUACAACCAACCUAUUGCUAUUCUUCAAACUUCUGAUCUUUUCCAUUCCCCAGAACAACUGCACGCUGCUAAAUCAGCAACUCUGCCAAGGAAAGGACAGUUAGUGUAUAGCCCCAUGAUGGAGCCUGUGAAUCGAGAUGGUUACAUACAAACACUACCUAAAAUGCCAGUGCACUCUCAUCCACAGCCUUCUGUCUGCAGAGAUGAGAAAAGCACCUUGGAUGGUGAACAAGGCUUGCCUUCUCAAACGUCAAACUGGGGUCGGUACACUAACAGCUUACUGGAAUCUGUCUCUGUCCCCGGAACGUUGAAUGAAGCAGUUGUAAUGACUCCGUUUUCCUCUGAGCUUCAAGGCAUUUCAGAACAAACGCUACUGGAGCUCUCUAAGGGAAAGCCAUCUCCGCAUCCUCGAGCAUGGUUUGUGUCCCUGGACGGGAAGCCGAUAGCUCAAGUGAGGCAUUCUUUUAUAGAUCUGAAAAAGGGCAGAAAAACAGAGAGUAACGAUACCAGUCUGGACUCCGGUGUGGACAUGAAUGAGCAUCAUCCUGGUAGGAAACUGGAGCGAGAGAAAACCUUCAUUAAAAAUAUGCCGCAUUCAAAGAUCCUUUACUUGGAAGAUCUGGAUCUGAGUAGCAGUGAAAGUGGGACCACUGUGUGUACUCCAGAGGACCAGGCUGUGAGGCACAUUCUGGAUGGAGGGAAUGGGCCAGCCAUAGAACAGCAUGAUGAAGAGGGUCUAAGAAGAAAAACUGUGUCAGGAAGUCAGGAAACCGGUAUCCCUUCCCCUAAAAAAAGGGAUAGGCCAUCUCUCACAAAAAGAGAUAGCAAGACUAAUAUCUGGAAGAAAAGAGAGGAGAGGCCACUUAUUCCUAUAAAUUAAAACACAAUGUGCUUUGUGUUGUUGCUCUCCCUGCUGGUUGGUGACUUCUUGGCUGCUUGUGUAAUUCUGCAGUGUAGGGUUUACAAGGGAAAUAUUGUUUUCUAGUAUCAAGAAAAAUUAACAUUUUUUAAUGUACAGAUUGAGUUACUUUAACUUCAACUGGGCAAUUGAUAUUCAAUGGGAAUUAAUUGAUAACAGGGAAACACAUGAAAAAUAUACAAUUCCUAAAAUUUUGCUGGCAGUGUAGAGAGGGUCCACAUUUUAAUUAGCCUGUCAUUUUUUUUGACACAACUCUUAGAAUGCACAGUGAGAAAUGUAGGCACAUCUUUUUUUUUUUUUAAAUUUUUUGCUGAAGCAGUACUAUAGUGGCUCAAGCCAUUCCUCAGUCUUGUUCCUAAUAAAUGUGAUUAUCUGUACAGUAUUUUAUAUGUGAAUUUUUCUAGGGAUUUGUCACUACCACUUUGUAUAAUGCUUCAUCAUUUAGUCCCUUGGCACCAGAAGAAGAGCUCUGUUGGAUUUCUCAGAAAAGUUCUAAAGCAUUUCUGUCCUCUCUGUGUCCAUCGGUGUGCAACAGGUAACUGUUUUGUACAACAGUGGCAGCAGGGGGAUCUCUACAUGCUGUGUGGUUGCUGGAGUUCAUGAUCUCUGCUGUCAUAAGGUGUUGCCUAUCUUUUUUAGUCUGCUUUGUUCUGAACUGAGGAUGUUGACGACUGGCAUCAGCAUCCACCUCCUACAGGAAAGGACUGGUUCUGGUCACUUUUAGAGCUGCUGUUACUGCUGAUCUCAGUGGCUUCUUUAAGCUUUGUUGCUAGUUAAAAUCUUCUCUUCUGCAUACUGUUGAAAGAGUUGUGCUCCAAAACAUCGUCUUGGAUUCCUUCGGAUUUAUAAGUUAGACUUUGGACUGCGAUGAAAAGUGUGCAGGUUUAGACAAGUUAUGUUAUAGUAUGUAAUAGUGCCCUUUGGUGGGAAAGCUGUUGCUUUUUAUUUUAUGAUUUGGAGAUGUAUGUGCCUACAUUUUGCUAAUCCAAGCUACUUAUGUCCUAGAUUGUGCAUCACAGUGGAGUUAAGCAGGCUUUAAAAAUUGGAUUUUUUUAUAAGCAUGAGAGCAGAUUGCAAAAUUUGGUCUGUAAUGAGGUAUAAAUGCUACUUAUGACUCAACUUAGAGUUAAGCUUACCAAAAGUCAUGGAUGCAUGAAGUGUAACUAAGAUAUGUAUAGGGGAAGGGAAAGGCCAUCAAAAUGUUCUUUAUUUUUAAUGUUCAUCUUGUUGAAGUGAUAGUUUCAACUUUGGCUAACAGAAAAAUACACAUACCCUUUGAACGUGCUUUGUAUAUAGAAUGUCUUUCUGUGGCUUUUAAGAUGCUUCCCUGAUUAAAUAAGUUCCAGCAUCUUGGCCUUGGCAGUUUGACUACAAAUCAUCCUAAAAAACGUUAUAAGUGUUUCCUGUAGUUUGUAGUAGUUUAGGUUCAACAGUGAGGUCCAAGCAUGAAAUGCAUGCAGGUAAACUGUAGGGUGCACUUAGUUGACUGCCUGGCACUGCCAUCCUCCUGCCUUUUUGCCACCGUUGUUGAAGCACGCCUUGAUUUUCUUCCAUGGCAGUGCUUCAGGAAUUCUGUCUUCUGAGAAAUCGGGGGGGAGGUUGGAAGUAAAGUAUGAUGGUGGUGUUUAUUAACAUCUAUCUGACGUGUGCACUCAGAGUUGGGAAAUAGCCUAUGUGGCUGGGCUUGUGGGGGUGAAUACUCAGGAAAUUGUUCUGUGAACUGUGUCUCUUCUUUUGGAAUUGUCAGUAGUCUGGUUGCUGUUUCUAGAAGAAUAUAUAAGGUAAUUGGGCUUGUACUAGCAGUCCAUUAGUCCAAGUUUUUCUGAUGUCUCUGAUUCUCUUUGGCCAAAAGACGCUGAUUUAAUUAUGCAGUUCAUCUGUUUUAGGGAUUAAGAUGGCUUGCCAUAUUAGCAUCCCUUUGGUACUUUUUCUUGUUAACUAAUUUAACUUCUCUAUAUGAAAUACAGUACCUAUUUUCCUGUAUUCAAUCCACUGGUUUAUUUAUAUGACUAAUUUUAUAGCCAAAAGUGAUGAAAAUUUCUUUUUUUCCUUUGUUUGCUUUAUUACUUAUCCAUUAUGUAUUUUGAAGUGGAUUUUCAUAAGAACGCACAAUUUAUUGAAAGUUACUUUUACUUUAGAGGUUCAGUAUUGCCCUGCUUAGAAUUGCAUCAGUUGUGAUGAGUCCCUUUUCGAAAAGAGGCUUUCAUAUCUUCUGUUGAAAAUAACAGUAAAUACCUGAUAGUGGAUUUGUGUUGUCUAAAUUGAGUAUUGUUUUCCUACAGUAAUUUAAAUAUGCAGCAGAUUCUUUCUCUUGUUUAAAGAAUAUUUUAAAUUGUAGGUACCAAGACUACGUCAUUCCUUAAACUCACUUCUAUCAUGGGAAGGCAAAGGCUGUAGCAAAUGGCUUUGUUCAUGUCAGCUCAAGUGAAUGAAAUUUUGCGCUCCAGUGAUCCUGUUCUGCAUCAGAGUAGGUAUCUGGUCACCAAAGAAAAAGGAUGAGAAAUUUUGAAAAGAUCAGUUCAGGAUUUCAAAAGAGCAGUUUCCAAAGAUGCACUGAGUUUGAGCUGAUUCUUGUCUGCUCUGUUGUGGAUCACAAGCAAGGAGUGGAGUUAUUUUCUGAACCUUCAGUCUAAAUGGGCUUUUGGACGUCUGGAUUAAGCCACAGUUUUGCUCUUGUAGGCCUCUUGAAAGGCUGUCCGUAAGUGCAUCAGCUCCUAGGCAGCCAGGCAAGUUGGAGGGGAAUAUUAUUAAGAAUUUCUUGCUGCUGAGCUUCUCGGUAGUAGGAAGCAAAAUGAAUUUCUUUCUGAAAGUGUGCUUUAUGUUCUCAUGAUUGGUAGAGAUGACUUAUCUGUGGAUAAAGUACAUGUCCUUAGUAGCCUUGCAAUAGCUCUAGCUGUGGUGGGACAUCUCUAUCAACUUCUUUUGUGAAUGAAGGGCCUCGGUUCUCUUUUGCCUAAUGAGAAUGUGAGCGUUUGUUUGUGCAGAGUAUUUAAAUUCUUAUCUAGAGUGCACAAGCAGCAGUAAAGGUAACUCCAUUUCCAAGACUGUCUUAAAUUGUUGCUUCCGUCCAUGCUUUGCUUGCUUUGUAAAUCCCAUAUGCCAACUCUACUGUAUGUGACUUGCUGGCAUUUAUCACGCUGUCAUGUGCUGCUGGUAACACUGCAGAACACUUUUCUUUAGGUGUGUGUGGGAAGAUAGUUGUAUGAAAACAGAUGAUGCCCCUAAGCGCACAGUGAGAGGGAAUUCUUCCCUGGCCCUAACUUGAGCAUUAAAACUUGGAUUUUUAAAUUUGUAUGCUAUUCUAAAAUAAUUAAAACACUUGAUAUCUGUAUGCAGUAUUUACAGGCUAUAUCCUGUAAGUAUAGUCAUCAUUUUCCAUUCGUGUGUUGGAACUUGGUGCACUAGAAACCUAUAUUACCUCUUAGUGACUGGAAUUCUUUAUUUUACUCGUCUGUUCAAGAAAAGGAGUUUUGCUACGUUGAGUUCUAAUAUUUUAAUUGCAGAUACUGUAUGCUAUGUGUAUGUAGACAAAAUGUUACCGACAUGUUGAGUUUCUUGCAGCUGGGUAUAUCUUUUCUAUGUGUUAGCAGGUUUUGAUGAGGUGGUUGAUGGAGUGAGCUGAGGCCUUGCUUCUGCAGAUGAAUCCGUGUGGCUCAGAUCAGUGCUUUCAUGCACUGUAAUCAUUUUCAGGAUCUAAAGGGGGACUACAAGAAGGGGAUGGAUUCUUAAUGGGUCUGUUGUGGCAGGAAAGGGGGAGGUUAUUUCAAAAUAAAAGAGGGAGGACUGGACAUAAGGAAGAAGUACUUUUACAGUAGGAUUGGUGAGGGGCUGGAGGUUGUCCAGAGAUGCAGUGGAUGCCCUGUUGUUGGAGAAACUCGAGGUCAGGCUGGAUGGGGCUCUGAGUACCGUGAUGGAGCUGUAGAUGUUCCUGUUCAGUACGGGGGAGUUGGACCAGAUGACCUUCAGGAGUCCCUUCCAACUCAAACAAUUUCAUGAUAUUGUAGAUGAUCAGAUUAAAUAAUACAUAGCUGUAUAUACAUUAGUAUUGUGUAUGGUAACCAGAAUACAAAUGAGCUAAUAAACAGUAAUUUUCUGGUGGUUAUAAUAAGUCAGGUACUGCAGGAAUUUAAAAAAGGAGAAAUGCUUAAGAAUUAGAUUAGAUUAGAUUAUCAUGAAAGAUCUUGUUAAUACUGUCAGAAUUAGGAGAAGUCUGCUAUCUCAUAAAUCUGAAAGCACAAGUGAUUUGAUAAUUAGGGACAUUAUUUACCAUUGCAGAGCUAGAGUUGAUGCAAGAGAGAUAUUCCAGUAUGUAGGACUGCACAUUUUUAGUUGUCCGCUCUGUUUCUGUGCAGUAAUUUGUACCAAAGAGGGUGAGAUGAUUAGGCAGCACUUCAAAUUCUUCUCGUUAGUUAAAAUAUGAAGCAGAUUAACAAUGUUAUUGCUAUAAUGGUGUACAAAUGAAAAUACAAUACACUACUACCAUUGUCUACUACUGCAUGUGAAACGUGGCAUACUAGGAAUAUCUGAAGAGCUAAAUUAGCCUGCUGAAGUGCCUUUCUCUGUCAUCAGACUUAUUUUAUCAGUGGGACACUUGACUAUCUGAGAAGCACAGGUAUGUGGUUUUUUUUCUGUUAGCCAAAAACCCCAGUUCAAACCUUCGGUUGUGUAGCUUUUAUAAUGUUUUCAAAGGCAAAUCUAGUGUUUUUAUGUUGGAAUACUGACUUCUGCAUGUUGAUGAUGACUGUUGUACACCCUGUCUUUUUUGUAUUUUAUGUUUGAAAAGAAAUUAAAGAAGUAUAUCUUUAGCAAUCAGAACAGUAGUAUCUUUUAAAAACCACAUACGGAAUCCAAUUCAACUUAGUAAGCCAGAAUGAAGCAUCUUGGAAUUCACUGGGCUUAUGAAUCUGAAUCUGUGUUUUUUUAACUUCAGAAAUGAAAUUAUUAGGUUUUUAACAUACAAACUAUGGUGAUGAUAAAAAGCCACUGUCAGUUGCUAACCCUCAUUGGCAGUAGGACGUAUUUUGAGUGAGGUGUAUUGAGUUUUAUUUGUGUUUUAAAACCAGUUUAUAUCUCAUUGUGAGGCCUACCUGGGAUUGUUUACAUAACCCAAGCUUCUUCAUUGAUUUGUUUUUUGUUUUUUAAAUUUGGUGCAGUUGUACUCGGGCAAAACACGGUGAUGGACCUAUAGAGUUACAAAUGAGUAUUCUUUUAUAGAAUUCUUACUAACUUGUGCCACAGUUCUAACAGAGGGCAGGUACGUUUCUCUUAAAGAACUCAUACUAAAAGUGGGUUAAGAGAUUUUAAUCUCAACUUCAUUUUCUUUUAACAGCAGUAUUCAGUGUGUUCUGCUUAUUAAAAGACAAAAAUUACCUAAGGUUGUUUUCAAGACUAGCAGAAGAAAUAUGUGUUGUAAGUCUUUACUAUUAACAUUCAGCCUGAAAAUUAUCUUACAGAAUAAGACUGAAAAUUGACUGAAACCUUUUUCUGUCAAUUUACAAUUGCUGAAUAUUUCUAUAUUUGCAUCUGUCCAAAAAGUGUACUGGUACAUUUUUCCUCAGUUUAAUUUUUGAGUUCCUUUGAAGCACUUGGUGCACUUCAGUCCAUGCUAGAAGAAUACUAUUUUUACAGCAUCUUGCUACUGUGUGUGAAGACACUGUUUAGUGCACAGUUUGUGAACGGAGGCCAUAGACCAUUGUUGGAGUACCAAAUUGUAGGUGAGCUGAUGGUUGUGGUCAUCACCUUGUGUGUUGGAGCUUUACACACAGCAGGCACUUCAUUACCUUCACAGGCAUUUUCAGGAAUGUUCAAGAACAGAUGGGAUCUUCAUUUACAACAUUCCUGAUGUUCAGCAUUCAGAUUUUAAGUAUUUUUACAUUUUCAUUUUUUAUCAGAGGUGUCUUCUAAUCUCUAUUUAUUACAGUAUCAGUGAAUAUGUUGCUGAAAAUGUAACUAAGACUUGUAAGAUGUUAGAGCUUAUGCAAUAUAAUAAAAUAGUUAAAAGUCAUCAGUGCCAUAACUUCAGUUUUUAUGGUCUUUGAAAUCUCACGUUGUCCAGGGACAGACUGGUCUCACUUUUAUCUUUGUUAAAUAAUGCU